AUGAGUAACAAGAUCUUCUAUGCGCUUAUCUGCUCCACGCUGUCGUUGUGUGGGUUUCUAUUCCUUCUUUUAGUGGGAAUUCUCUUUAAGCUGCAGCCGGAAUAUAUGAAGAUAAACAAGAAUGUGAAGAGCUCAGUACCUAUUUUUGAAUCGGCUGCUCUGUACGGAGCGCUUUUUGUGGCGUCGUCGGUCAUUUACUUCAUGGAGUCAAAGAAAACUCAACAUAAAAACUAUGAUCUCAGUAGCUCCACAAGUGCGGAGAGAAUGAGUCUACUUGACAAGCCAACGUUUGAUAGGCGAUACAAGCUUCGCUAUGAAACAAGCCCCUUUAAUUUGAUUCUGGACAUGCCGUGGCUUGUUUAG